AUGUAUAUGAGUAGAUGUUGGAAGGACCUCUUCAUCGAAAUUUUGAAACACCGCGUGCUGUAUUCGCUCUGUCCUGGGACCGUUAUCUUGUCCAUGCCCAUUCCUUAUAUAUCUGUCCAGUUCAAAUGUACUGGCUACCGCACUUUUCUCCAUCAUCCGAUGCCAUUAACUUUAUGGAAAGAGCCAAUAGCAGAUGAUACGUCCGUGGGGAUUUCCGAUGUCAAUGAUACAGCAAGAGAGAAAGCUACCAGCUGUUGGAGUGACCAUCUCGUCAUGUGGACAUCUAUUGGAGUGCUAUGCUCAUUUCUGACCACACUGUUACUGACGAUCUUGAUCGUCGUCAAAUUCGCGCCUAGCAUGCUGCACGGUUCAGCUAUUAUCCAAGCUGGGCGACAUAGCCAGUACAUCCACUUUGACUCUGUUUUUCUGAACAAUAACCACGACCGGAAUGCUUCGCAUCAUACUUCCAUCGUGAAUUUCCCCGACAUCGUGCCACAGGUAGAAACAUACAGCCCUGGUCACCUGGUGCAAGAGUGGCCCACCGAGCUCGGUACCGUAUUUCCUGAUCAUCGAUAUGUUGUGUCUUCGGACACAUCAACGGUGCUCCAGUUCUACCACUUGGACUACGGGAUGCAGUAUUGCUCUUUGGCGUUAUCCAUCCCUCCGCCUAGCGAUGGGUUUGACCUGGAGGUAAAGAUAGAGAACAACACAGUCAUGGAACUGGUCAGACCGGCUCAUACACGUAUCUUCUGGACAAGUCGCGCCGGAGAGAAAAUCCCAGGUGGCCAGCAUACCUAUCCACUUUGGGGAGCCUUUCGGGACGGAGAGAUUCUGUUGUCCUUCGGGUGAAUUUUCGCUGUUCGAGCUGGCAUGCCAUUCACCAUCGGCCAGCACGCGCUCUUGCCACGUUGAGCUUUGGGAAAAUGGGGAAAUUUCACCAUCUGCUGGGGUGUAUGUCGUGCAGGAGUGCAGUCUGAGGGAAGGAGAGGUGUAAGAUGACAUAGCCC